AUGGAUGAGGAGUACGACGUGAUCGUGCUGGGCACGGGGCUCAAGGAGUGCAUCCUCAGCGGCCUCCUCUCCGUCGACGGCCUCAAGAUACAGAAACCCUGGGUAUUGGCUGCGGACCGGUGGCUCGCUGUCGCCGCCCCUCUGGUGCUCAUGAGGUGCAUAUUUCCUCGUGUUCCGCAAAAAGUUCUUGCUAGAAAAUAUCCUUAUGAUGAAAUUAGAAUAGACAAGGAUGUUUUGCACAUGGAUAGAAAUGACUAUUAUGGUGGAGAUUCCACUUCUCUCAACCUUAAUCAGCUCUGGAAGAAAUUUAGAGGGGAAGACAAGCCCCCGGCACAUCUAGGCUCAAGCAAAGAUUACAACGUAGACAUGGUUCCAAAGUUUAUGAUGGCAAAUGGGACAUUGGUUCGAACCCUCAUUCACACUAAUGUAACGAAGUAUUUGUCAUUCAAAGCUGUUGAUGGGAGCUUUGUCUUCAGCAAAGGGAAGAUCCACAAGGUUCCCGCGACUGAUAUGGAGGCUCUGAAGUCUCCUUUGAUGGGCCUUUUUGAGAAACGCAGAGCAAGGAACUUCUUCAUUUAUGUCCAAAAUUACGAUGAAGCUGAUCCAAAAACACAUCAGGGAUUGGACCUUACUACGUUGACAACUAAAGAAUUGAUAGCAAAGUACGGCUUAGUUGAUGAUACAGUGGAUUUCAUUGGCCACGCGCUUGCUCUCCAUAGGGAUGAUCGUCACCUCAAUGAACCAGCACUUGAUACUGUGAAAAGGAUGAAAUUAUAUUCGGAGUCUCUUGCACGUUUUCAAGGGGGCUCGCCUUAUAUUUAUCCUCUAUAUGGGCUGGGUGAGCUGCCACAGGGUUUUGCACGUCUAAGUGCUGUUUAUGGUGGCACUUACAUGUUAAGUAAGCCAGAAUGCAAGGUUGAAUUCGAUAUGGAAGGAAAAGCGUGUGGUGUUACAUCAGAAGGUGAAACCGCAAAAUGCAAGAAAGUUGUCUGCGAUCCUUCGUACUUGACCAACAAGGUCAGGAAGAUCGGCAAAGUUGCACGUGCAAUUGCUAUUAUGAGCCAUCCAAUCCCAAAUACAAAUGAGUCCCACUCAGUCCAGAUUAUUUUGCCACAGAAACAACUUGGACGCAAUUCAGACAUGUAUGUCUUCUGUUGCUCAUACACCCACAACGUCGCACCAAAAGGGAAGUUCAUUGCAUUUGUCUCUGCAGAAGCGGAGAGUGAUAAUAUACAAUCCGAACUCAAGCCUGGCAUUGAUCUACUUGGUCCAGUAGAUGAGCUCUUUUUUGAUAUGUAUGACAGAUAUGAACCAGUGAACGAACCAUAUCUUGAUAAUUGCUUCAUCUCAACGAGCUAUGAUGCUACCACACAUUUUGAGACAACUGUGACAGACGUUCUUAACAUGUAUACAAUGAUCACCGGAAAGACUACCUCCGUCUCAAAAUAUAUGACGUUUAGCCUACAAAAACGUCUUACAUUUUGA